CUUGAGCAACGCAAUUUCCAUCAUUGCGUCGUCUUCUUCGACAACAUCACUUUGCUGGCUAUGUUCAUUUAGCCAGCAAAUACUCAUUGAAUAGUAGGUUAUUUACGUGUAUGCGCUACAAAACACGGUGCAAGUCGCUGUGCGUUUUGCUAUACAAUUCAACCGCUGCCGUUGCUUGGUAGCCUAAGCAACAUGCAAGUCACAAUGAACGCUACUCGCACUCCCUGCCUUGGGCCUCGCCGUCUGCUGCCGAGUCGCGUACUUGCUCGGUCUCCGCUGCUUGUCUGCGCUUCCGCUCAGCCAUUGGUGGCGACUACUGGUUCCUACGGCAGCGGCAGCAACGGCGUGGUAACGACAACGCCUGCUGCGCCAACCACCGUUUCAGUCGCCUCGCCCGUCCGAGCUGUGUCAGUGCUGACACCGGCUCAAGCGUACGAGAACGUUACCAACUUGGGCGCUACAAAGGCCGCCCUGCCUCCGCUCGCUACCUUUGUUCAAGGCAUUCAAGCCGGCGUCUACAUCGCCUUUGGCGCCUUCCUCGCUUGCGCUGUGGCGGGCACCGUCCCCGGCCUCGCCGCCUCCAACCCCGGUCUCUCCAAGCUCCUCUUCGCUCUCGUGUUCCCAGUGGGUCUUGCGCUGGUGACCAAUUGCGGGGCCGAGCUGUACACGGGCAACACCAUGAAGCUCACGUGUGCGGUAUUCGAGGGGAAGGCCACGUUCCGACAGCUGCUCAAGAACUGGGUUCUGUCGUAUGCUGGCAACCUCGUGGGCAGCCUUGCCAUGGUCGCCGCCGUACACGCCACCGGCAUCCUCGCCUCCAACUCCCUGCCCGUCACCAUGGCCACCGCCAAGACCAGCCUCAGCCUCACCCAGGUCCUCACCCGCUCCGUGCUGUGCAACUGGCUGGUGUGCUGUGCAGUGUGGUCCGCCUCCGCAGCCACCUCGCUGCCAGGGCGCGUGAUGGGGCUGUGGCCGCCCAUUACCGCGUUCGUGGCGAUUGGGCUGGAGCACUCGGUGGCCAACAUGUUUGUCAUUCCGCUGGGCAUGGUGCUGGGCGCGCAGGUGACGUGGGAGCAGUUCCUGUGGAGCAACCUGCUGCCGGUGACUCUGGGCAACACCAUCGCGGGGGUGGUGCUCAUGGCCUGCGCCUACUCCAUAAGCUACGGGGCGCUGGGCAAGGCCUUCCGCAAGUCCGCGUGAAGUGGGCCCGCUCGGUCCCCGGUGGGGUAAAGAGGAAACGACUAACUGACCGUGUGUGGUUCCCUGUGUGGGUUCCUACACGUGAUGGAUAGCUGUGGACUGGUGGUGGGGGGUAAUGCAUGGUGAUGGAGACAGGAGGACACCCCGCGGCGUGUCUCGAUACCCACGGCCAUGAAAGCUGAUGACCACCCUGGCAUUCCUGGGCAAAUGGGAGGAUUAGGUCUUCAAGAUGUCUGUACGAGUGUGCGGUCAGUUACUACUAAUGUGAGGCAUGCGGUACCAGCAUGAUGGAUGGGUGUACGACAUUCCUCUAUUUAACUGGGGAACGACAGGAACCCUCCCCUCCUCGUGUUGUGCGUGCACUGUUAUGGUCAUGAGGCGGUUUGGGAACCCAUUCGGGAGCCAUGUGCGUAUGUUGCAACGCAAGGGAGGUGUGCGACAGAUAAACUUGCACGGAAACUCAGUCCUAUACUUGAUUGCUAACGGUUCGCAGUGUGCGGACAGCAUACCCAACAUACAUUAUCUUCUAUGACGUGCUGACCGGGGCAUGCAUGAAAGGAAUAUCCCUGUUGGCUAGUGGUGUACGAAUCACAAUGCAUGUGGCGAAUAGCAUGGACAUGCCUGUGCAACCUGGCAGCCACCGUGCUAUAGCUAAUGGUAAUGCCUAAUGCGGGAAGAGGGAAGGAGAAGAGGGAAAUAUGGCGAGCACCAGACAUUCAACAGAUAGCACAGGUGUGUGAUGGAGGCUUCA